AUGUUAAUUUUGUUUAACAACAAUCUUUCAAAAUUAGGAAUUUUCAAUUUGGUAUUUGUAAUAUCUAUAUUUGUAAAUUAUUGUGAAUCGUUUUUGUACAAUAGAAAUGGAAAUAAAUCGCAACUACCCCUCACACAUCAGUUUCAUAAUAAAAUCCAUUAUUCUAUUAAUAAAUGUAGUCCUGAUUCCACAAAUUACAUAGAAGAUAAGUCAAACAAUGUGAUUGGCCUAUUAUGUAGCCCUGAAAAGAAGAUUGAAAUAAUAAAGUCCAUUUAUUAUCCGAUUUUGGAGAAUAAAAGUAGAUUUUCAAGUUUGUUCUACGUCACAAAUUCACAUGACGAUUUACUAAAUGUUAAAAAUCUUCUUUACUACCAUUUAAACCAGUGUUUUCCCUAUUUUAAUGGAAUUAACAUCAUUUGUAAUGACCAUAUAAGCUUUUACAGAAAUGCCAACAUUACAGUUUCAGAGCACUCGAUUUUAUCCGAGUGUUUAACUAAUUUUGGAGGUGUAAAAUGGGAAGAGAAAGCUUUGAGUAUGUCAGGCCGCUUUGUCAAGGAAUCCGAUAUAGAUUGGUUUAUCCGUGAUUUAAAGUUUUUUAUAUUCUCCCACUUCACUAACCAAAAUAAUUUUCAAAACGCCCUUUGCGAUGACAAUUUGAGGAUUAAUUUCGAUGGAGAUUUCUUAGUUCCGGCAAAUGAAUUUAUUGAUUCCAACUUCAUAAGUACAAAAGAAUUUAACAACCUUUUCAAUCCCCCGAAUACUAAUACUGAAAAGUCACUUGAAACUCCUCAAAAUUCGGUGGAAAACUCUAAAACUUUUGUGAGUGAUGACAAACUAGUGAUAUUUAAUAAUUUUAGCUUAAACUAUGACAUGAAUAGUGAUCAAGUAACUUCCUCAUUAUAUGACGAUUUAGUGUUGAGGUUAUUACCAAAUUGUAAAAUUUUAGGCCUAUCAAAUAGUAUAUAUAAUGUAAAUAACGUUGUUAAUUGGUUAAAUUCUUUGUCAAGACCGACUAAAGUUGUAACACUAUCAAAGUCACCAACUUUCAAUAUACUAACAAAAUACGGUCAAAUUAAUCCUUUUACUACAGUUCAUACCACUGAAAGUAGUGAAAAUCUUAAUGACACUAAUGUUAAUAAGGAUACAGUAGAUAAUGCGAACACUAGUGAUAUUGUAGCUAGUGAUGCAGUUGAUACUAGUGAGACUACUGAUAGUAUAACUACUAACACCGCUGAUACGAUUAACACUAGUGAUACUAGUGAUGUAGUUGAAGGAGUGGAAAAAAUGAGAGAUCCGAUAAAGAUGUAUGAUAUGUUUAAGAAGAAGAACAAUAAGGUAAAAAUGACUAGUCUGAACCCUUUGCUGGAUGAUAUGGUAAUUAAUUCAAUAGUUGAAGCCUUGGAAUCUAGAGGAAUUAGCACCUAUAACCAACUAAUAACAAUAAUCCCUUCAGCACGUAAUUUUUUCAAGCCAUACAUGAGAGUUCUGAGACGAACCCUAGCACACGCGGACUCUAAAAAAAGACUUUUUAACCUCCUAAAACUAAUUGUAAAUGUUAGGAAUAAUAAGUUUUUUUCCAAUUUUAUAAAAAAUUUUAAUUUGUACCCUCAGAUUAAGCAAUUACACAGCCCGACGCCGGCUAAACUGGUUGAAUACAUCAACGAAAAGGGAUUGUUCCCAACCGUAAUAUACUGUUUUAAUGGCACUGAAAGUGUUAAAAGGUACUUUUACGAUUAUGUAAAUAAACUCGGAGGAACUGGCCUAGAAGACAAAAGUCAACUCAACCUUGAAAAUAAUUUAAAACAUUUUAGGGGAACGGAUGUUGUGAUAAGUAAUAAAAAAGUUGAAGGAGCAAAACAUUAUAUAUUUCUAGAUACAAUGUUGAUGAAUAAAGGGAAAAUCUUUACAUUAUCAAAUGAAUUUUUGUAUUCAUUAACUGCUGGAUCUGAUCUCGUUACAUUUACAGUAGAUCUUCAUACUCUUUUUCAUAACAUUAAAUCACUCAUCUCACCAAUUUAUAUCAAUUAUUCAAAUCUUUACACUAAUACUAAUGGUGUGUACGCUGUACCUAAAAUAGAUACUACUAGUACUAUGGAUACUACUGGUACUAUGGAUACUACACAAAUUACUGAACCUAAUCUACCUACUACUAUUAAUACUAAUGGUGUGGAUACUAUUAAUACUAAUGGUGUUGAUGUGGAUGACAAUGUACAAUUCUCGAGUAAUAACUUAGUUGACAAGUUUGAAAAUCAGGAUUUGAAUAGUGAAUUUGGAGUAUAUUUAAAAAGGUGUAAAGAAAAGUAUGAGAAGAUGUAUCCAGAUUACUUCAUGUUGAAGCAGUUGUUAGAUGAUUUGGGAAACAGAUUAAAGGAGUUAAAUAUUGACACUUUUCAACUUACCCAAAUCAACUCAAAAUUAACAAGCAAUAGGAGAUUUUUUAGAAAUAUGUCUUACUCUAUUCGUUCAAAAUUGUGGUUCAGAGGAAAAUUAAUACUCAAAAUCCUAAAAAGGUUCAAAAAUAAUAUUUGUAUAAUACAAGGAAUUGAUAACCAGCAUUAUUCGACAUCAUAUAAUUUUUCUCAGUUGAUAGGUGAUUUUAUAAAAAGGAAAUUAACAGUAACUAAAGAUGAAGAUUGUCUAUUAUUGAAAAACGUUAGUACUGGAAAUUAUAUAAUUCCUGAAAGUUUGUUUCUAAAGGAUAUUAUCUCAAUUGGUCAAGGUAAACUGGAAUAUCCAGACCAAAUUUAUCCUAUAAUAGCUGGGUUUCAAAAUGAUAAACUGAGGACUGCAGCAUUUGAGAAUGAUUUGAACGAAUAUAUUACUGUACAUGAUCCAGUGAUAAGGUUCUUUGGUAAUGAAGACCUGAAAUUACAAAAACUAUCUCAAUUUACGCCAAAAAGGUUAAUGAAUCUUAUUAAUAGGCGUAUAACCAAUUAUAAAGAAGAUUGUAAAUUACUCAUGGAUUUAAUAUAUAACAAUUCCAAUGUCAACAGUAUGAUGAAUAAUGAUAUAGUGAGAUUGGUGAAUGAUUAUAUAAAAUUGGAUAAAAAGUAUAAAAGAAGAAAUUUAGAAGCUGUAAUUAAAAGUUAUCAAUUUAAAAAUACCUUUUAUGGCAAAUAA